AUAAGUUUCCAUCUCUAUGGAUCCAAGAUAAAUAUUUACUUUACUACUUCCAAAAAUCAUUGUUGUUGAACUAUCAGUUGAAUUGAUACUAUUCUUUUUGUUUAUACAAAAUCGUAUCUUUAAAGAUAAUAAUCAUUAAAAUCUUAUGCUGGGGAUAAGUUAAACUGGAUAUAUAUUGCCUGACCAUGGAAGUCGAAACCAGUAAUAUGUAUUUCGUAGACAACAUAGUGAAUGAUAUAUGCGAAUCUCUUCAUGUACCAAGAUUGAAAAAUAAUAUAAUAAGAAUUCAUACAAAGAAAAUUGAACAAUUAGGUGAAAUAAGUUUUCCACUCAAAAUGAAAAAUUGGCCCGAUAUUAUUGAACACAAAAAUGAAAAUUUGUCCACCGUAUCUGAUAGUGAAAUUAUUGAGCAAUCUUCUCAGAACACGAGUGAAGUCGAUUUACAAUUGAGUGUUGGUGAUCUUAAAUGUGAAAGUGAAAAAUGGUGUCUACCAUUAACUGAUGUGAGAAUUAUUAAGGACAAUAUCCACUUGUAUUUUCGGCGACAAAGAGCUUUUCAGGAAACCAUUCAAAGUUGUUUCAGUAUGGAAAGAAACUAUGGAGCCAUACAAGACUGUCCCAAAUAUUCCUUGCACAUAUAUGAUGAAAAAUAUUCAUUGAGUCAGUAUACAGAAAUAGAUCUUACAUAUUUGAGAAUGAUAAUUUUGAAGAAAGUGAUACAAAAUUUGAUUGACUUUAAGCUACAGCAUUGUAGUGACUCUCAGAGCAUUAAAUUAUAUUUAAGUAAUAAACGUUAUAGUGAUACUAGUAUCCUGUGUGGCUAUGUUAUCAAUGGAAAUGGUAAAAAAGAUUCUAUUCUAUCUGCUGAAGAAUUAUUCAGGAAACGUUCUGUAGAUAUGAGACUUAUGGCUGAGCAUAAAUAUGGGUUGAGGAAACAAUCUUCCCAAUUGUGGGAUGAAUAUUUUGAAAAACUUGGUAAAGCCUCAGUAACUAUUGAAUUGCUUCAAAAUAAGCCUCACAAAAAUGUCAGAGUUUCUUUGAAUGAUCUGAGCUGUGCAAACAAGGGUGCAUCUUUCAUCUUCUACAAUUGUGCAAGACUAUCAACUCUGUUCAAAGAAUUCGAAAGAAGAGUAGCUGAUGGAAUAUAUCCUCCACUUAGCCCUAUACAUAAUAUUGAUUUUUCACUUCUGAACCAACCAGAAGAAUGGGAGCUUUUAUUUGUGUAUAUAAUGCAGUUUCCUCUCUUGAUUCGUUCAUGCGUGAGAGAUGCCGGUAAAGGCAUUGUGAAUCCUCAUUAUUUGGUUUCAUUCCUCUCCAGCAUGUGUUCUGUAUUCAGUGUUUACUAUAGAAGAAUAAGGAUCCUUGUGACGCCGAAACCCCACUUGAUACCAACACUGAAUGCUAGGAUUCAUCUUCUGAGAUCACUGGAACAGAUUUUCCAUAAAACCUUGGAAUUGUUAGGUAUAGAUCCAAUUGAAGAAAUGUGAAGAUAGUAAAAAUAAUUUCAUU